AUGUUUGGAACUUUGACCCUUCUUUUGCUGCUGCUGCUGCUGCUGCUGCUGCUGCUGCUGCCGCUGCUGCUGCUGCUGCUGCUGCUGCUGCUGCUGCUGCUGCCGCCGCUGCUGCUGCUGCUGCCGCUGCUGCUGCCGCUGCUGCUGCUGCCGUCGCUGCUGGUGCCGCCGCUGCUGCUGCUGGUGAUGCUGCUGCUGCUGCUGCUGCUGCUGCUGCUGCUGCUGCUGCCACCCUUCACGGCCACCCGCCUGGGGCUGUCGGCCCCGCUGCAGUUCACGCACCUGGGGGAGCGGGUCACGUUCCCAGGUGACCCCCUUGGCCGCGUGCUGGAGAUGCGCGCUGAGGUGGCGGUGCUGAACCGCAGCGUCAGGAUCACCGGUGACCCCAGCAGCGCAGACACUCUGUUUGGCGCCCAGGUGAUGGUCAGCAGCCCGGCGGGGGCGGCCAGCCGGGGGGUCGCCCAGCUGGAGCAGGUGGAGCUGGCAAUGGCGGGGCAGGCCUCAAGGCCGGGCAGACACCCCAUGCGGUUCCACAUGCAUGGCGACGUCGCGCUCAGCUCCUAUAUGAAGGGCUGCGCGGUCCACACCACCUACUCAAGAGCCGCCACGAUCCACGCCACUAACAGGCAAGGCCUGCUGUCGCCAGCCGCUGCCAGCUCCGACGGCUAUGGCUUCUGGUACCGGCUGCUGGACUACCCAGAGGGCCCCUCCUACACGGGAUCCAUCCGCCCCCGGUUCACGGCCCUGGCCAGCGCGGCAUUCGACUCCAACACCGCCCACUCCGCCGCGUACUUUGGGAUGCGGAUCCACCCAGACUUCUUCCCACCGGUCCCUGCAGAGUUCACCAGGUUGCUGUCCUACAAGAACGGGGUCAAGUGCGUCACAGCGACGCAGGUGGGGCUGGUGGUGUUCACAGACCUGACAGUCGCGGACUGCGGCGGCGGCGCGCAACAGCACGUCAUCUACACGGCGGACUACGGCGCCGGCGCCGAGAUGGCCUUCGUGGUCGACGGCCGCCCGCGCGGCGCGGGGACGCCGGCGACCGCCAUGGCAGGCGUACGCAACGCCCUGGUGGUGGCGCGCACAACAGAGGGCGGCGUCGGCAGCGCGGGCGCGUGGCCGGGCGCCCGCGGCGUGCGCGGGGUGGUGACGCAGAGCGCCCCGCUGUGGAGCGACAGUCACUCAGCCCUGAUGAGUGUGAUCAAUGUCACGUUUGUCGGCUGGACGCAACAGAAUGGGAGUGGGCCGCAAUUUGUGGCGCUGGAGCCCUGCGGCAAGUGCGGCACCUACCAGGGGGGCGCCACAACGAUGGUGUCUGGCAUGACGUUCCUACCAGCUGGCCUUGGGCCACCGAGCGUUGUGGCCUGGAGUUGGGGCCACCAGGGCAUCUACCUGGAUGCGGACGGCUCCCUCCUCAACAAUGAUACGCUGCCGAACGGCACCGCGCUCCCCAACGCGUCGUACCACAACUGGACGCUGCCCGCAGCCGGCGCCACCUUCCACUCCGACGUCGGCAACCGGAUGUUUGAUGACCGGGACUGUAUCUACCUGCCAACGGGUCAGGGUGUCGUGUGCGCGCCGCACCUGACAUUCCGCCGCAUGAUGGUCAACAACCACCAGCCUGCGGCGCUCUGGUACAAGGACCUGGUUGUCACCAUCAACGGCACCAACCGCAGCUUUGCAGUGCCGUUCAGCGCCGGCAACGCAAAUGGCUACAUGUUCACGCUCGCAACACCAGGGCGGUACUGGCUGCGAUGGGACGCGCCGUUUGACACGCCGGUGACCAGCUUGAGGCUGCUGAGGCCUGAUGUCCUGGAGGCGGCCCUGGGGUGGCUGAUGAUGCUGGUCAAGUGGCCGCGGUCCUAUGACCACGUCAACGUCAACGGCGCCCCCGCGCUGCUGACCGCACCCCUGGAUCCGGUGAACAACCUGAGCUACGCGGCGCACGGGAUGACUUACUACAAACCCAACACGUCGGCGAUGGUCGACGCCCGUUGGUACUUCAAUGCAUCCUACAACAUCACCGUGGCCGAGGUGUUCGUGGCCGGCGACCAUGACGUGGCGCUGGAUGUUGUGCCGCGCGUGUGUCCUGAACCUAAUUGCUCUGUGCCACAUCCCAGCCCCUCUCCCAGCCCCUCUCCCAAGCCGUCGCCAAGCCCCAGCCCCUCUUCCAAGCCCUCCCCAAGCCCCAGCCCCUCUCCCAAGCCGUCGCCAAGCCCCAGCCCCUCUCCCAAGCUGUCGCCAAGCCCAAGUCCAUCGCCGAAGCCCUCCCCCAGCCCCAGCCCCUCCCCGAGGCCGAGCCCCAUCGUUACACCAUCCCCACCGCCGCCCACUCCGAGUCCGAGCCCCAGUGCAUCACCAGCUGCGCCUCAGGUGCACAAGGCAGUGCGCAUCGUCGGCGGCAACCUGACGAUCAAAGGGUCCACGAAUAGAUCCCUGGCGUCACCCUCACCGUCGCCCGCCGGUGGCGGGGGCGGCGGCGGCGGCGGCGGCGGCGGCGGCGGCGGCGGCGGCGGCGGCGGCGCGGGCAGCGGGUCUGUGUCGGUGGCGCCCACAGACUCAGGCGGCAGCAGCGGCGCCAGCGGCGACGUGGGUGCUCCCCUGCCGCCGCGGGUCGCCCUCUUCGACGGCAGCCUGUCCUUUGUGUCACUCGGCAUCGACGUCCAGGUCACCGGGAACUUCACGCUCCAGCGGGCGCUGAACUACACGUACAACGCCACCCUGCAGCUUUACAGCGCGCGCAUCGCGAUGACCGGCUCGUUUGAGAUGGCGCUGGUGACAUCAUCGGAUGACGGCGGCGACGCGAGCAGCGCGACGCUGCGGCCGGCCGUCGGCGGCAGCCUCGACGUGACCUCGCCCACACGGCCGGGCCCCGGCUUCUCGGGGCGCUACAGCUGGCGCGGGGAUCUGGAGAUGCGGCCGGACCCUUUCGCGGUCUGGGCGGCCGCCGGUGCGGCUGGCGCCGGGCGCCGCUUGCUGGCGGCGGACUCGGUCCUGCUGGUGCCGGUUCAGGGCCCUGUGGAGGUGAACGAGUGGGGCGCGGUGGCUGGCAGCAGCAGCGGUGGCGCCAGUGGGGCGGCCGCGCUGUUGGAUGCAGACGGGUCUAUCCAAGUGGUGGGAGACGCGCAGGCUGCAGAACCGGGCAGCUGCGGGGGCGCGGCGGCGGCCUGCCCCGCCGGCGCCAAUGCCAGCGGCGUCGGCGGUGGCAGCAAGAGCAGCAAGCCGAGGCCCGCGCCGCUCUCGCGGCGCACCGUCACGAUCAUCAUUGCAGUGUCGGCCGGUGCGCCGCUGGGCCUUGCGCUGUGCGUGCUGCUGGCCGCCGCUAUCAGGAUGCGCCGCGCGCGGCAGCGCGGCGAUGGCGGGGCGGCGGGGCCGCCGGCGCGGCGGGACGUGCCGCACCCCGCGGCGGCCGAGGGCGCGCAGCCGUCGGGGCCGUCGCUGGUCGCGGCUCGGGCGAAGCACGACACGCCCCGCGGCGGCGGCUGGGGCUGGGGCGGCGGCGCGGCGGGUGUCAUUCACAUCAGCAGCUUAGCAGGAGGGCCCGCGAGCAGCAGCGGGCCCGCGGCCGGCCGCGACGGCAGCGGCGGGGGUGUUGCGGGCGUUCGCGGUCCGCGGGCGUCACUGUUUGGCUUCCGACCGGGCACGCUGCCCGGCGCGCGCUACGCGUCAGCGGUGGGCGGCGCGGGCACCGGCGACGGGGCGUCGUCGGGGGACGGGGCUGCCGGCGGGGACGCGCGGCGCCAGCAGGCCCGCCGCCGGUCAAACGUCAACGUGCGUGCGUCCGUCGACCUGCCAGCUCACGCGAUGACCCUGGGGCCGGCGCAGCGCAGCGGGCACGGCUGA